AUGGGACAGGAGAGGUGGAACCAAAUGUACAGUUCAGGAAUGAACAUCAGGCCGGAAAUGGCACCGCAGUCUCCAGGACUGAGUGGCAGUCCUCCACUGUCCUCUCUGUCAUCUAAAAAGAAUGCUUUUCCAUCUCUGGGAUCUCUAUCAUCAGGACCGUUCUCUCCCUCUCUGGCUAAGCGCCCUGCUCGUCAGGCCAAGCGAGCCUCGACCCCCGUGAAUUCACCCAACCAUUCCAUUAUGACUUCGCCAAAACUCUGGCACAAAGCAUCUGUCUCCAGACUUGCAGAGGAAUUUUUCUGGAUUGGAGGCAGUGUAGUUGCACAGCCUAAAUGGAGGCUGGGUCAGAUGGUGGAGAGGUGUAUGUGCACUAUGCAGACUGGCACCCAGAUGACCAAACUGAAAGGAAAGAAGAAAGAACUGGUGCGAUUCUUUUACCUGGACGAGCACAAAUCCUGCAUCAGAUGGCGGCCAUCCAGAAAGCACGACAAGGCUAAAAUAUCUAUUGAUUCCAUCCACGAGGUCUUUGAGGGUAAAAAGUCAGAGAUCUUCAGGCGUUAUGCAGACAAUCGAUUUGACCCGAACUGCUGCUUCAGUAUCUACUACGGUGAGCGUGUGAAAUCCCUGGAUCUUGUCUCCACCAACGGAGAGGAGACUCGGACCUGGAUCACCGGGCUGAAAUACCUCCUGGCUGGCAUCAGUGAUGAAGACAGUUUGGCCCGCAGGCAACGCACUCGAGAUCAAUAUCCUUUAUGCAGCAGCUCACUCCCAUUCUCCGGCUCCGAAGGGAAAACUGAUCAACUCCUUAACUGGAGCUCCACAUGGUUGCAGCAGACUUUCUCUGAGGCUGAUAAAAACGGAGACGGCACCUUGAGCAUUGCAGAGGUUCACCAGCUGCUCCACAAACUCAAUGUGAAUUUACCCAAGCAGAAAGUCAGGGAGAUGUUUCAGGAAGCAGACACAGAUGACAUCCAGGGUUCUCUUGGCUUUGACGAGUUCUGCUCUUUCUACAAAAUGAUUUCCACACGUAGAGACCUCUACUUGAUAAUGAUCUCCUAUAGCAACCAGAAGGAAGUUAUGGACAUACACGACCUUGCACGAUUUCUGGAAAAUGAACAAAAGAUGCGAGGUCUGACCAGGGAGCAUCUGGUUGACAUUGUAUCCAAGUUUGAACCUUGUCCUAUGAACCUCCAGCGCAUGGUGCUGGGCAUUGACGGUUUCACCAACUACAUGCGAAGUCCUGCAGGUGACAUCUUCAACCCUGAGCACAAUCAGGUCAACCAGGACAUGACGCAGCCUCUCUGUAACUACUUCAUUGCCACCUCACACAACACGUACCUGACAGGAGAUCAGCUGCUCUCCCAGUCCAGAGUGGAGAUGUACGCCUAUGUUCUCCAGGCGGGCUGUCGCUGUGUUGAGGUGGACUGCUGGGAUGGACCAGACGGAGAACCCAUUAUUCAUCACGGCUACACGUUGACCUCUAAAAUUCUCUUCAGAGAUGUCGUUGAGACGAUUAACAAAUAUGCCUUCACAAAAUCACAGUACCCAGUUAUCUUAUCCAUAGAGAACCACUGCACAGUGCCUCAGCAGAAAAAGAUGGCUGAGUAUCUGAGAGAGGUGCUGCAGGACAAACUGGACCUGACCAACGUCAACGUGCAUGAAUGCAAGAAGCUGCCUUCUCCGGAGAUCCUCAAAGGGAAAGUUUUAGUCAAGGGAAAGAAGCUGCCAGCAAACCUUGAUCCUGAUGCAGAAGAAGGCGACGUGUCUGAUGAAGAGACUGGCGAUGAGGAAGAGGAGGAAGACAACGAUGAGAACAACUCACAAGAGGGAAAUAACAUUACGUCAGCCAAUCAGGCCCAAAAGAAGAAACGAUUUGGAAGAUCGAUUAUUAGAAGCUUCAAAAGAAAGAGGAAAAAGAAAAUAGGUUUGAAAAAUAAGGCCUUUUCUGAUGGUGAAUCCGACUACAGCAACAGCCGGGAGAGAGCUCAAAUUGCUUACCACCCAAAAAAAAGGAAAACAAUGAGGCUGUCCCGGGCUCUGUCUGACCUGAUCAAGUACACAAAAUCUGUCCGUGUGCACGACAUAGAAACACAAGGAUUUGCAAGCAGUUGGCAGGUGUCAUCUCUAAAUGAAACCGUGAUGAACCAGAUUUUACAGCUGAAGCCGGGCGAGUUGGUGCGUUUUAACCAGCGCCAGCUUCUGCGGGUCUACCCAUCGAACUACCGAGUGGACUCCAGCAACUUCAACCCUCAGACGUAUUGGAAUUCAGGAUGCCACAUGGUUGCUAUGAAUUACCAAACAGAGGGUCGCAUGCUUGAACUGUACAGAGCCAAGUUUUUAAGCAAUGGAAAUUGUGGAUACAUCCUGAAGCCGAAGUACAUGUGUAAAGCUGCCUUUAACCCCAUGCUGGAGGAUCCCUUACCUGGACAUAAAAAGACUCAGCUGGUUCUGAAGAUCAUCAGUGGACAGCAACUUCCCAAACCUAAAGACUCCAUGCUUGGGGACCGAGGAGAGAUCAUUGAUCCCUUUGUUGAAGUUGAGAUUAUUGGCCUACCUGUCGAUUGCUCCAAGCAGCAGACCAGAGUGGUGGAUGACAACGGUUUUAAUCCAAUGUGGGAGGAGACCCUUGUCUUCAACAUUCAAAUGCCACAGAUUGCUCUGGUUAGGUUCCAGGUGUGGGACCACGAUCCUAUUGGGCGAGAUUUCAUUGGACAGAGAACUGUAGCUUUCUCCAGCAUGAUGUCAGGUUACCGGCAUGUCUACUUGGAGGGAAUGGCAGAAUCAUCAAUCUUUGUUCAUGUUGCUAUCAAUGACUUUACAGGAAAGAUCAAACCUGCUUAUGCUGUGAAAGCAGCUCGGAAACACAUCCAAAAAGCAGCCCAGAAACAUAUGAAGGGCCACCAAAGGCAGCCUUCCAUAGACUUCUCUGUCUUGUCCUCAGAGGAUGGACCCGCUCUGUUCUUCCGUAGGGAUUUGGACACUAUCUCACAGGACAGCCGAAAUGGGCAAAUGUCUCCAGUGUUGAUCGGGCCUGCAGCCAAAGCUGCCAUUCACAAAGGGGCCAUGAGUGAACCAGUCAAGCGAGCUCACAGAGUUAAGAUUCAUGAACCACCAGAGACAAUAAGAGGGUUCUUAAGCCGGAUGUCCUCUACUGAGUCUGACCCAAGCGGGGCAGCUCCCUGUGUAAAAGAAGAAAGCUUUGACCUGGACACCCCUCCCCAGCUCUCCUGUCCUGAUAGCCCUGCACUGGACGUCAGAAAUAAAGUUCAUCCCAAAGUCUUGGAGGAAGAGGAAACACAGUCAGUCCAUGCUGAGUUGCAGACAGGAGAAACAAUUGAACCAGAGCAGGAAUCAAAGGAGAGAUUAACACCAGCAGAAGCAGAGUCAAAUGAUGAUGUUUUUCUCGAACCUGAGCAACCACCACAGAUGAAGAGUCAGACCGAUUCAGUCCCCCGGCCUCACUUUGUACCACUGCAUGAAGCCAAAUCCUCCCCACUUAUUCCCCCAUCAUCCCCUCCCAGAGUCCGACGGACCUUAGGGACUCCAGUGCCACUCCCUCCCUCAAACCCCGUUCGAACAAAGGUGCGAUCACGCAGUUGCCCUCGCAAACCGACUACCUCUCCUCAGACACCCAUGGUGAACCGCAGGCCUGUCUUCCAGCAGCAGACACAGAACUAUGGCAGCUACAACAACCAGGUGGGACGCAUACCCAACGGUCUGUGUCUGUCCGAUAGCACGUCCAGCAGCAGCAACGGCAGCACUGAGAGCCUGGAGCUUCUGCACGCCUGCGUGCCAGUCGGGGCGGAGCAACGGGAGGGCACCCUGCAAAGGGAGAUGAAGGCCCUUUUUGACCAAAAGAUGAGAGAGAUCCGCUGUAAAUCCCCGCUUUUUCUAGAUGGUGAGUCACAUUUGUAA